GUCCAAAGAGUGUUCCGGGUGCUUGCAGGACAUGCCAUCCCACUUGUGGAGUCCUCCACUGCGACUUGUCUUACUGUAGUCAUCUAGUUGCGAGAGUCUUCCCGAGAGACUUGACUGACCUCGAACACUCUUCUUGUACGAGCCUUUCGGGCCAGGGGCAUCUCUACAGGAUAGUCAUCCUUCAUCGCGGAGCCUCAAGUUGGGUCUGCUGCUUGCUUUUUAGCAGGCCUGCCAACCCACAACAGUCCGACUCUCCCUCCAUGAGGAUAACAUGCAGCCUCCUCAUCUCAAGUCCCCUCCCUGUGCUUAGCCGUAAACGAGCCAUGUCUGGUCUUGGGGGCGAGACCAUCACAAUCCGCAGCCUCGAUUGGAACCUCAGGCAUGCAGCCAUGAGACCACUCAGAGUUGGGUCAAUGUCAACUUUUUGAGUGACUCGUACACAGAAACACCAUACUUGUUUGCUUCUCUCUUCCAUGAUAUCAAAACCUGUUGCCGAGUCACACCAUUGUCCCAACACAUUGAUUUGUCUGUUCCCAGUUCUGACUUGUGGGAAUCAGAACCGUGGCCUCUUCAGCCAGCCCAUCCCUCAUCAUACAGGCUCUCAACACACCCUCACUGCAGCUAUCAGAGCAGGAGGCGCAUAGAGCCGAUCAGUUGUUCUUGUGGCAGUCCUACAUUAUAAAUGGCCAGCUGAUAUCAAACGUUUCCAUCUCCGUCCACUCUCCUGCUCGCCAAACAUACCCUCUUCAACGCACACCCACCAAACAACCAUCGUCCAAUACUACAAGACUUUGCUCAACAUGCCUUGCUGCGUCGUCACUCGGCCUUACCAGUGGCCCGAGCCAUAUUACCAGGUCCCUGUCUCUGGCACCUACCCACAGUCCUACAUGAGAAUGCCCGUCAACGGCACAACUCCCGCCCAGUGCAUUCCCACCGUCUACCCUCAGACAACCGUCUACCCUCUGGCUUAUCAACUACCUCAGACGUACCAGUACGUCCAGGCUGUUCAACCGACGGCUAAUCGAAACCCUCAGCUAUGGUACCAAGCGUACGUUAGUUAGCGGUAGACCGAAAUGCAGGCUCAAGAGGGAAGGACGUGAGCGAGAGGAGCCACAGAGUAUUCUGGAUGGGCGUCUCGACAAGUGAUGGUGGUCUUGGUCGUCGGCAUUCAGACUGAUCGUCUGCGCACGCUCGCAGCGUGUGUUUUGCGUUGAGUUUUGGAAUUUCACUCUCAGUGAUGAUCGUAAUACAUUUUCAUUUAUCAA